ACGUUUGGAAGUCCUUCCCAGUGGCUUCAUGUUGACAAUCUUGGAUUUCCUUUGCCACAAAGUGGUUCUUUCAUGUCCUUUUGCUUAGCAAACUUUCCGGCUCCUGGAUCUGGUUGUAAUUUCUUGAAGAAUCCUCUUGGCCUGACAUGAGCUCCCAGAUUCAUCCAGAUGGAAUAUCUGAUCGGGACCAACCAGUGGAGCUUAUAACACAGACUCGUGCCAAACACAUGCCAAGCACUGUUGAUGUUUCUGCUGCGCUGCCACUUCAGGUGGCCUCUGGCACCCUUCCUAUGGACCUUCGGCUGGAUCCUCAGUAUCCUCUCCCAGGGACAGACACUAGUGGGAGGGAGCAACAGCUGCAGCAAGAACUGAUGACACUAAAGCAGAAGCAGCAAAUACAGCGGCAGCUCCUUAUAGCAGAGUUUCAAAGACAGCAUGAACAGCUGUCAAGACAACAUGAAGCCCAGCUACAUGAACAUGUAAAGCAACAACAAGAGCUCCUGGCCAUGAAACAUCAACAGGAGCUUUUGGAGCACCAGAGAAAGUUGGAACAGCAUCGGCAGGAGCAAGAAAUAGAGAAACAGCAGCGGGAGCAGAAACUGUUACAGCUGAAGCAUAAGGAAAAGGGAAAAGAAAGUGCUGUUGCAAGCACUGAAGUUAAAAUGAAGUUACAAGAGUUUGUUCUGAACAAAAAGAAAGCCCUUGCUCACCGUAGCCUAAAUCACUGCAUGUCUAGUGACCCUCGCUUCUGGAAAACUCAGCAUAGCUCCCUGGACCAGAGUCCACCACCUCAGGGAGGGGUAUCUGGGUCAUACCACCAUCCUGUCUUGGGAAUGUAUGACUCAAAGGAUGACUUCCCCCUAAGAAAGACAGCAUCUGAGCCCAAUCUCAAGUUACGUUCCAGACUGAAGCAGAAGGUUGCAGAGCGCAGAAGCAGCCCUCUCCUAAGAAGGAAAGAUUGCCCUGGAGUGACUACUUUGAAGAAGCGUCCUAUGGAUAUGUCUGACUCUGCUUGCAAUAGUGCACCUGGUUCUGGCCCUAGUUCCCCCAACAACAGCUCAAGCAACAUCACCACUGAGAAUGGCAUUGCUGGUCCUUUGGGCAUCCAAUCGGAGGCUGCUCUGGCUCAUAGACUGGCGAGCAGGGAAGGCUCUGUGACCCAGCUCCCUCUCUAUACCUCACCCUCUUUACCCAACAUAACUCUGGGACUGCCUGCCAGUGGAUCUGCUAAUGGUGCUUCUGGACAAGAGACUGAGCGCAUUUCCCUUUCUACUAUCCAACAGCGACUUUCUUUGUUUCCUGCUGCACACCUCACUCCUUACCUUGGUUCUGAUGCAGCAACUUCUCAUAAUUCACUUUUGCAACAUAUGGUCCUGCUAGAGCAGCCCAAUGCACAGAGCCCAUUGGUUUCAGGGUUGGGAGCACUCCCUCUUCACUCCCAGUCUUUAGUGUCCAGUGAUCGGGUUUCCCCCACAAUCCACAAGUUACGUCAGCACCGCCCAUUGGGCCGAACACAGUCUGCACCUCUGCCUCAGAACUCUCAUGCCCUGCAACACAUGGUCAUCCAGCAGCAGCACCAGCAGUUCCUCGAAAAGCACAAACAGCAGUUUCAACAGCAGCAGAUACAUCUUAAUAAGAUGAUUCCUAAAGUAAAUGAGGUUUCACGACAACAUGAAAGCCACCCCGAGGAGACCGAGGAAGAGCUCCGUGAACACCAAGCAUUACAUGAAGAGCCAUAUAAUGUAGAACAUGCAUCCGAGCAAAAGGAGCAAAGCCUUUGCAGUAUUGUGCAUGUAAAGCAGGAGAGGGAAGAGAGUGAGGAUGAAUCAAAUACACAUGAGCUAGAGCAGAAUACAUUACACACUGACCAGGAUCUGUUGUUCAGACAGCAAACACUACUACUUGAACAGCAGCGAAUUCAUCAGCUGAGGAAUUAUCAGGCCUCCAUGGAAGCUGCUGGAUUAAUAAUACCUUUUAGUGGGCACAGGCCGCUAUCCAGGGCACAGUCUUCACCAGCCUCUGCCUCUUUUCCCAUGUCCGUUCAGGAAACUCCCACUAAGCCCAGGUUCACUACAGGUCUUGUGUAUGACACCUUGAUGCUUAAACAUCAGUGUAUCUGUGGAAACACAAAUAUCCAUCCAGAGCAUGCUGGCCGAAUUCAGAGCAUCUGGUCCAGGUUGCAAGAGACUGGUUUAAGAAGCAUGUGUGAGUGUAUACGUGGCAGAAAAGCCACUUUGGAGGAGUUGCAGACUGUCCAUUCUGAAGCUCAUGCUCUGCUCUAUGGCACCAACCCUUUGAAUCGACAAAAACUGGAGGGAUCUUUGACCUCCAUGUUCGUUCGUCUCCCAUGUGGCGGGGUUGGGGUUGACAGUGAUACAAUCUGGAAUGAAGUUCAUUCUUCUGGAGCUGCCCGUCUAGCAGUGGGGUGUGUGGUGGAACUUGCCUCAAAGGUUGUGGCAGGGGGGUUAAAGAAUGGCUUUGCUGCGGUCCGCCCUCCUGGUCAUCAUGCUGAAGAGAGCACACCUAUGGGUUUCUGUUACUUCAACUCUGUCGCAGUUACAGCAAAGCUCCUUCAACAAAGAUUUAACGUGGAGAAGACAUUGAUAGUGGAUUGGGAUGUGCAUCAUGGAAAUGGUACCCAGCAGGCUUUCUAUAGUGAUCCUUCUGUCCUUUAUAUAUCAGUCCAUCGCUAUGAUGAUGGAAACUUCUUCCCAGGAAGUGGGGCUCCUGAUGAGAUUGGAAGCAGUGCUGGUGCGGGUUUUAAUGUGAAUGUGGCUUUUACUGGAGGACUGGACCCGCCUAUGGGGGAUGCAGAGUACUUGGCUGCAUUCAGGACUGUGGUGUUGCCAAUAGCUCGUGAAUUUUCUCCAGAUGUUAUCUUGGUGUCUGCAGGGUUUGAUGCUGUGGAAGGACAUGCCUCUCCUCUAGGAGGGUACCAGGUAUCGGCCAAAUGUUUUGGAUAUCUGACAAAGCAGCUUAUGGGGUUGGCUGGAGGUCGUAUUAUUCUGGCACUUGAAGGAGGUCAUGACUUGACAGCAAUUUGUGAUGCUUCUGAAUCUUGUGUAUCUGCUCUACUAGGUAACGAGUUAGAGCCGAUUUCAGAGUCUGUGCUACAACAGAGACCAAAUAGCAAUGCGGUGAACUCUUUGGAGAAAGUCAUUCAGAUACAAAGUGAAUACUGGCCAUGUUUGCAUAAUGUUUCUUCUACAGUCUCCUAUUCUCUUGUCGAGGCACAGAAAUGUGAGAAUGAAGAAGCCGAGACAGUGACAGCGAUGGCAUCCCUGUCUGUGGAUGUCCGUCCAGAGAGAAGAACAGAGGAUGAGCCGAUGGAUGAAGAACCCCCUCUGUAGCAGAGGGACUGGUCAUUGUCUGUUGUUUGAUUCCAUAACUUUGUUGGAGGUCGAGCCCUCCAAUUUCUCCGCCUGUGCUCUGUCCCCAGGAAGACGAGCAGCAACAUGGAUGUAAAGAACUAUGUGUACAUGACAUCCACAGACCCGCAAAGCGAGGCACGCUGUGCUCUGCGCGGCCAUACUGUGCCGUUCUUGGUUACAGCAGGCACUGCUCCACCAGGAGCCACUGGCAGCUCUUGCCAAAAAUCUUAUUUUCUUUCAUGGUUUUUAACAGAGACUAAUUCAAAGAAAAACAAGGAUCAUAAGUGACCUCUUUUGGGGGCCUCGUAAACCGUUUUGGUGCUUAAACACUCUGCAGAUUUACAAAGAGUCUGUGUGCGCUGAAGGGAGGGUGGCCGUGCUGUACGGACACUUGUGUAAACCACUCGGUUUAGCCUGUUUCUUGGACAUUUCUCUCUUACAGGGGAGUUAUACAGUGGGUGGAAGAUAUCCUCUGAAGCCUGUUAUUACUAGGACAGACUUUUCACUCUGCAAGAGAAACAGGAGGAAGGAUUGUGCCUUGUCCAUGGUUGGAAUACAUUUUUUCCAUUUGAAUGGUUUAUUCCUUUAUUGUUUCUUAAGUGUGAAGGACUUGCCUUAAAAUUGAAACACAACCAACAGAAGAUGUUUGGAGUCAUAAUACAGAAACCCUUGUGUCCUCUCUUGCUGUGAAGUGGAGUGUUGAUGACUAGCAACAGUCGUCUUUUUUAAUUUUUUGUUCUCCCCGUUUUUUUAUUUUUUAUUUCUCUAAACCAAGUUGCAUGUCGUAUAUGUACGAUCAAUGGACUGUCUCCUCCACUCAUGACCUGGGCUUUCCAAGCAAAACUUGAACCACAAAUGAGAAUUUGUAGGUAGAAUUCUACCAAGUGGAGAUAGAGGAUUAUGGCCUCUUACCGUGCAGGAAGCAUGUCCGGGCCUGCCUGCUCAUUUUUUUUAAAUGGCUGUUGGUUUUUUUUUAUUUUAUUUUUAUUAUUCUGUGUAAAAUUGAACCAGAUUGCAGGCAAACAGUACAUUUCCAGUUCCCAUUUCAAUUUUUGAUUUGUUAUUUUUGAUUUAAAGUUUAUACAUGUGUUUAUAUUUUUGUAAUAUAUUUUCUCAUGAUGACUACAAUUUUUUUAAUUUUUUUUUUUCAAAGAGCAUUUUUUUUUUUUCUAAGAGUCUUUCAGGGGAUUAUUUUAGAUUCCAUUUGAUAUCCUCUGAUCUUCCCACCGAGACUUCCUAUAUGUAUCCUUUAUAUGGGGGUGGUGACAACGGCAAUGUCCUUAUUGCAACUAAACUAUUGAAAGGACAACCAUAAAGACUCUUCUGAUUGUAUCUUUGUAACAGGUACCUCUUACCUCACUUGUUUCCAGAUCAGAAAGAGCUGUUAAUAGGACUUUAAUUACUUUAAGGAGACCAAUAAUGUACUGUAUGUGGGCCUUGCUCCUGGGAUUGCAUGGAGGGAGCAGGGUGCGCUCAGUCUUGGAUAUAACCUCAAUAUAGCACUUAUUAUCCAUGCUGAGAGUUGUGGCUGAAUUUCCAGCAGCAUGUGACUCGCACCCAUUGCCUAACAGAUUCCUAGGGUGAACACCAUCACUGUUAAGGGAACAGCAUGUUACUGCCUUUUGGCAGUUUUACUUGUUCCCUGGCAGCUUGAAUUUGGCUGCAUUUUGAGUGGUUUUUCUAGGGGCUGUGCUGCAGGCUGCACCUUGACAUAUGUUGUUUCCUGUACUGGCAACACAUGGUGUGUGUUGGAGUAAUAGCCAGGGGGUUUGUGGAACCCCCCCUCUUUCCCCUUCCUCUGAGUGUUGGGACCCUCACAUUGUGCCCUUACUGUGUAUAUAUAUUAUUUUUUUUUCAUUGUCAUUUUGUAACUACACUACAGCCUGUGACUGCACAAAACAGCACCGCACUGCACCAAACGGUCUCUUUAUUUCCUGUCACACUGUGUGUGUUUUUUGCAGUCCCAUCCUCCCCAUCACACGCUCCCAGUUUUCUGCAGUCCGACUUUCAAUCUAUUUGCAGACUUUUUGCAUCCUUUAAUCAUGUAUUUGUACUCUUGACACUCUAUUCUGGAAUUUUAGAAUUUUGGGUCUUGACUUGGUCUGUAAUUUGGCAAAUAAUCAGCAACUGCAUGUUUAGUGCUUUCCUAAGGCAUGUACACAUAGCAGCAGGUAUAUGCCCUGGACCUGCUUUGAAAGGUGCAUACAUGAUCAUAUCAUUUUUAUUUUGCGAUACCUGUUUUUUCAGCUGAGUGUUUCAAUUUUUGUAUAAAGUUCUAGUGAAAUUGGACUUUAUAGUGUUCUAGAAGUUAUCAUUGUGACCCUAAAGUCAAAACUGAAAAAAGUCUAGGUAGUCCACCUUCAUUCAUAAGGCACCUUUCAGAGCAUGAUAUGUUGGUUACUAUAGUGUCAAAGUACCCUUUAUAGCAUGAGAAGUGGGACAUAGCUUGCCAUAUUGGCUGAGUCUUUUGGUUUCUUCAGUUAAGCUGCAAUUGGAAAAGUAGGAUGGUUUCUCUGGUGAAGAUGGAGGUACAGUUGGGACAGAUGUGUUUCGAAUAUUACUGUUUUCACUAUGAAUUUUCAUUCCUUGUGUGAAUUAUUAUUUCUCUUUAUUAAAUAUAUAAAUAGCCUGCACACUCUACCAUCCCACUCAUUCCAUGUUUUCCACGGUAUAUCAUUUUGUGUGUGCAAGGGAGGGGCCACACUCCUAUUUCUGGGCAUUGACCUCCCUAUAAAGAAAAUUUUAAAAAAUAUAUAUAUAUAAAGAUAAUUAUAUAUUAAAAAAUAUAUAUGAAUCUAUUUUUCUAGAUUUUACUAUAUACUUUUGAGGUUGCAUGAAUCAAGCACAGCUCGUCCUAUACUGUGUAAAUGGGCAAGCUGCUGUGCUGGGCAGAAAGAAUGUUGGCAGGGGAUCUAAUAUGCAGUUCAUCCUCUGAGCCUCAUAUUGUGAAGGACACUUUUUUUUUUUUCUUUUACAUGGAUCAAUCUCAAAGUAUUAUGUUAGGCUGAGAGUGCG